AACAGUUCAUUUACCAUGGAACGUUGGUCGCAAAAAGUAGCUGUAAUCAGUGGUGCUAGUGCCGGUAUAGGUGCAGCCUGUUGCAAAGCUCUAGUAACAUCCGGUAUGCUGGUAGUAGGCUUAGCUCGACGGCAAGAACUUAUUUUAAAACUAAAAGAUGAACUUCCCGUAAAAUUACGCAAUAAUCUACAUGCUUUACGCUGCGAUGUAACGCAAGAGGAUCAAGUAACUCAAGCAUUCGAGUGGACACAGAAACACUGUGGCGGCUGUGAUGUUCUUAUAAAUAAUGCUGGAAUUAUAGCCACCACUGAGUUGUCACAACGUAAUAAUACCAAAGAAAUACGUCAAACUUUGGAUACAAAUCUUUUGGGUACGGUAUUGUGUACCCGUGAAGCUUUUCAUUCUAUGCGCACGCAAAAGAAUGGUCAGGGUCAUAUUGUGAUUGUCAAUAGUGUAGCUGGUCAUCAGGUGCCAAAUUUAGGUCCAGAUUUACCUUCACUUAAUAUUUAUCCAGCUACUAAAUUUGCUUUGAAGGCAAUGAAUGAAAUCUAUCGUCAAGAGUUUCAACGUCAUAAGACACAAGUUAGAGUAACGACCAUUAGUCCUGGCAUUGUAGAUACUGAUAUUUUACCGGUGGAUAUAUUGAAUGUAGUUAAAGCUAUGAUGCCUAUGUUAAAACCUUCCGAUGUCGCUGAUGCUAUUUUGUGGGCUUUGGGUACACCUCCCAAUGUACAGGUUCAUAACAUCACUAUCAAACCAAUGGGAGAGAAAUUUUAAAAAAUAUUUGCAAUUUAUGAAAAAUUCCAGACUACAGGCCAGACUACAAUAGUUCAGACUAAAUUCUUGUCUAGUUUGAUUUAUAGAACAGACUGUAGUCUUUACUAUUGUCCAGACGGCCAGUCUGUAACACAAAAAUAUAUUCUAGUCUAUAUUUUAUUAUUUUCUUUUUAGGUACUAUAGUCUAGUAUACAGUCCAGUAUAUAGUAUCGACUAUAGUCUCUUAAUAAGUCUACUAUACAGUCCAGCUUCUGUAUAAUACAUACUAUAGUGUAAUAUAGAGUCCAGACUAUAAACUAGUCUAUGGCCCCUAUCCUGCAUUUCAAUUUGAAUCGAAAUUUUCUUCGUUUGGCAACUUUGGUAUUCUGCAUUUCGAUUCGACUCUCCGCCACAUAACAACUUAGACCUGGUUCACACUAGGAAACUUUUGAUUUUUAUGUGUGAGAGAAAGAAAAGUUUCUCAACAAAAGUUUCCCAGUGUGAACCAGGUCUUACAAAAACGUAAGUACGAUCGAAAUGCAAAAUACACACAAUCGUAAUGUAUUGAAAAGAAAUGGAAUUGCAUCUUCUUUUUCUUACGAUUCAGGUUUUUGUUGGAAUACCUUUUUUCGAUCAUUGCGUAACUGAAUGCAUAAACGUAAUCGAAAUGCUGAAUAGGGGUGUAUAGUUCAGAUUAUAUUAUAGUCUUUAGUCCACAGUUCUGACUAGACAGUAGUACAGACUUUAGUCUAUCUCAUUGUCCAAACUAUAAUGUAGUCUACAGCCGAAAUAUAAUUUUGCGUUCAAUCUUAUUAAUUAAAUUACAAUUGUUUCUUAUUUUAAGUAAACAUUAAAUUUAUUAUAUAAAAUAUA